AGUGUCACUUGGAGCCAGUGGAAGAUUACUAAAUUUAUGAAGGUCACAGUUGUGUCCCUCUCUCUACAACCCCACGCCUCUGUGGCAUGGGGGAAGUGGGCUUACCCAGUACACAGCAUUACUGUAAGGGUUCAUUCAUAUGUUUUGCUUUAGGUUUUUCGGUUGUUGCUAUGUGUUUUUGUUAACGACAAAUCUUUUUUUUUUUUUUUUUAAUAGGCAGCACAAAAAAAAGUUUUUUUAAGGUAGGCUAUAUUGAGUUGUCCAGGAAAUGUGGGCUUUAUUGUACAUCCUGCUAAGUAACCUGACAUUUCUUUGACUAUCUUCAUUUACUUGUUUGCUGUUAGCCACGUUAACCAUUAACUUGUGCUGUAUUUUUUGUGAACAGACAGCAUGGUUGCUGCAAAUAAGAAUUUUUCGACAACCUCAACCACACAAGAAUAUGAGUAUCCUGAUUUUGUAACAUACACUGUCAAAGAUCUCACUUUAGUUGAAGCAAUUUUCAAGCCUGUCCUGUACAGCAUCGUUUUUACCUGUGGACUUGUUGGGAAUGCCCUGGUUUUGGGGAUACUGAUAUGGUUUAAGAAGCUGACUACAGUGACUGACAUAUAUCUGCUUAACAUGGCAAUUUCUGACUUACUCUUCGUGUUCUCCCUUCCAUUUGUUAUAUACUCCAUUAAAUACCAGUGGGAAUUCGGAGAUGCAAUGUGCAAAAUACUGUCUGCAAUAUAUUACAUUGGUUUUUUCAGCAGUAUUUUCUUUGUAACAGUCUUAAGUGUGGACAGGUAUCUAGCAAUUGUCCACGUGGUCUUUUCUCUCAAGUUUAGGACUGUACAUUUGGGCAUCAUUGUCACUUUGUCUGUUUGGGCAUGUUCUUUUCUCUUUUCUUUACCUCACUUUAUAUUUCACAAACAGGAUAUAGAGAAAGGAAUCAAAUAUUGCACGAUUUCGUAUUCAAAAGAGCAAAAAGUGACAAUGACACUGCUGUAUUUGCAAAUUAAUGUCUUUGGCCUAAUAAUCCCACUUGCCAUUUUAUUUUUCUGUUACUCUCGUAUUAUAAAUAAUUUACAAAACAGUAAGAGUAGGCAGAAGAAAUAUGCAGUUAAGUUGAUAUUUAUAAUUGUUGCUGUGUUUUUUCUCUUUUGGACUCCAUAUAAUAUUGUGGUAUUUUUAAAGUUUUUAGAACUACUUGGCGUAUUUAAUUUCACUCUUCAAGAUUUGGAUAAUUUUUCGAAACAAUUGGAUUCUGCAAUGGGUAUCACUCAGACAAUAUCAUUUGUCCAUUGCUGCUUAAAUCCUAUCAUUUAUACUUUUGCAGGGGAAAACUUUCAGAAGCAUUUAUGCAGAAUGUUUAGCAAGCUCCUAAGAUGCGUGAAAGUUAAUAAAGUAUGUGGAUCAUUUGAAAGCUCAGUUCUAGACCGUGUUUCCAGUACCAGGGAAUCUCGAUCUUCAUCUUUUACAGAAGCUGUUAUGUGACAUGACCUGCACUAUGAUUUAUGAUGCCAGUGCCAAAAAGAGAAGAACAUGGCCCCACACUCCGUGACACCUAAUUUUACUUUAACUGGCCUGAGGGUAUAACCCUUCCCAAAUUAUGGCUUGCUGGGAUUU